AAAAGCCGGAGGAGGCCUAGAAGCCUAACCGCUUGUUUUUUGGUUUCAAUGCUCUCUUAUGACAUGGCCGAUCAGGUGUGCUUUGCCAUUGCUUCCUCGCCGCUACCGAUCCCUCCUAAGAGCAUGCGCUCGUCGAACUUCGCUCGACGUCGGCGAGAAGCUUCACGCCAGAAUUGUCACCACUGGCCUCGCUUCUUCGCCAAACUCAUUCCUUCACAACGCCCUCCUCCAUCUCUACGCCGCCUGCGGCUGCACAUGGCAUGCUCGUAAGCUGUUCGACGAAAUUCCUCCCUCGCACAGAGACGCCGUUGACUGGACCACACUUAUGAGCUGCUUUGCCCGCAACGGAUUGCUCAUUGACGCCAUCCAGCUAUUCACUGAAAUGCGGAAAUUUGGGUUGAAGCCUGAUGAAGUCACUAUGGUUUGUCUUUUCAGUGCGUGCGCCCUCGUGGGCGACGUGGUGGCCGGGGCUCAGAUGCAUGCCUUCAUGGCGAAAAUGGGUUUAGGGUUUGGUGUUACGAUUUGUAAUGCUGCCAUGGAUAUGUAUGUUAAGUGUGGACUAAUGGAUGAUGCGAGGCGUUUGUUUGAGGAAAUGGAGGAAAGCAGUGUGGUGUCUUGGACUGUGAUGUUGGUUGGUGUGAUUAGAUGGGAAGGUGUGGGUAGUGGGAGGUUGUGGUUUGAUGCAAUGCCUGAGAGAAAUGAGGUUGCGUGGACUAUUAUGCUUGUGGGCUAUGUGGAGGGUGGAUUUAGCCAAGAAGGCUUUUCGCUGCUUGGUGAAAUGAUUUUUGGGUUGGGAUAUGGGUUGAAUCAUGUUACCCUUUGUUCAAUUCUGUCAGGUUGUUCCCAGUCGGGGAAUUUAAAUAUGGGCAAGUGGGUCCAUCUCUAUGCUUUAAAAGCUAUGGAGGAGGAAAUGAGUAUCAUGGUUGGGACUGCUUUGGUGGAUAUGUAUGCAAAAUGUGGGAAAAUAAACACUGCUUUGGAACUUUUCAAGAAGAUGCCUAGAAGGAAUGUGGUGGCCUGGAAUGCCAUGAUAUCUGGGUUAGCGAUGCAUGGACAGGGUCAAGAUGUAUUGAACAUCUUCCCUCAGAUGGUUAAAGAAGUCAAACCAGAUGACUUAACUUUCACAUCUGUUCUGAGUGCUUGUAGCCACUCAGGUCUGGUUGAUCAGGGUUGUCAUUAUUUCCAUGACCUUGAAUCUAUGUAUGGCAUUACACCUAAGGUAGAACACUAUGCUUGUAUGGUGGAUCUUUUAGGUCGGGCUGGGCGUUUAGAAGAAGCUGAGAUCUUAGUGAAAAAAAUGCCAAUUCUUCCAAAUGAGUUUGUCCUUGGGUCCCUACUGGGUGCCUGCAGUGUCCAUGGGAAGCUUUGGCUUGGGGAACGUCUUCUGCAAGAGCUACUUGAGAUGGAUCCUCACAACACAGAGUAUCAUAUCCUGCUUUCUAACAUGUAUGCUUUGGCCGGAAGACCAGACAAGGCUAAUUCUCUUCGCCAGGUUCUUACAAAAAGGGGUGUUAGGAAGGUGCCUGGAUUGAGUUCCAUUCACAUUGGUGGAAAAGUACACCAAUUUAAUGCAGGGGAUAAGUCACAUCCACAAACCCUACACAUUUACAUUAUGUUGGAUGAGAUGAUUCGGAAGUUGAGAUUGGCUGGUUAUGUCCCCCAAACUACAUGCCAAGUUUUCUCUAAUAAUGGUACGUGGGAUAAUGCAGAUGAGCUGGAAGAGAAGGAGCAGGCCCUUUUCUCUCACAGUGAGAAGCUGGCAGUAUGUUUUGGUCUUAUAAGCACCAGAGCUGGUGUGCCUCUGUAUAUUUUCAAGAAUCUACGAAUUUGCCAAGAUUGUCAUUCAGCUAUGAAGAUGGUGUCUGAAAUAUACAACCGGGAAAUCGUUAUAAGGGAUCGCAAUCGUUUUCAUUGUUUCAAGCGCGGUUCAUGUUCCUGUUCUGAUUAUUGGUGACUCUGGUGGUGUUGUAUACAAUAUAUGUUAUACUUGGAUAAGAAAGAUUGCUUGAGAUCUCUUUCCUUUUCCAUAAACUUGUUUGAUGGCCUCCUCAAGGGACAGAUUUUUUCUCCAUCCAAGUUGAAUUUUAUUUUCUACUAAAUUCCACCCUGGCAACCCUAUACCAGAAUAGGCAUGCUGCCCUUUCAAAUGGUGAUACUGUUACGAGGAUUUUAGAAAAGCAAAGACCUGGUCACAAGGUCACCAUUUACAUCAUGUUUGGUUUGCGCAAUGAAAUGGGAAAAGAAAAAAAAAAUGGAAUGAAAAUUUGAAUCAAAAGUAUGACAAAAUCAAGUGACGAUAAAUUUGAUUC